CCAAACACGCCUCCCCAACCCCCACUCCGCCACUCGCCACCGCUCCGAGCCGGCGACGAUGCCGCCGAUGCCGGAGGAGAUCCUCGCCGACGUCGCGCGGAACCUCCUCAGGCCGCACCCCCCGGCCACGCUCUCGCUCGACCGCCCGGCCAUCCGCCUCCCCCGCCCCGCCGUCAGCCACGCCGACUGGCGGGGCCUCUCCGCGGUCGCCCUCGGCGCGCUCUUCCGCCACCUCCCCGUUCCCGACCUCCUCCGCCUCGGCUACCUCUUCACCCCGCGCUGGCGCGAGGUCUGGCGCACGUACCCGCUCUACCUCCACGACAAGCAGUUCGCGGGCCUCCCCAUCCCCCGCUCCGAGGUCGCCGACGCCAUCGCCAACGUGCUCGACGAGUUCCUCCACGGAUUCCAAGGCGAAGGCGAAGGCGUGGCAGAAGAAGAAGACCUACAUCUUCAUCGCUGCGGCGUCACGUCCUUCCGCGUCGAGUCCACGGAGUGGCGCCCCGACCACGCGGCGCGCUGGUGCGCGGCGCUCCAGCGGGGCGGGCCGUCCGAGGUCGUCCUCUUCAACCGCGGAGUCGCCGGCCAGCCUCCCGCGCUCAUCGCCGUCCCGCCUCUCCUCCUGCAGUGCACCACCGUCAGCCACCUCCACCUCGCCUUCUUCACCGUCGAGGCCGGGGAGCUCGACGCGCUCACCAGAGCCUCCGAGCUCGGGCUCCACGGCUGCGCGUGCCGCCCCGGCGUCGUCGAGGGCGUCGUCGCCGCGUGCAGCCACCUGCGCAUGCUCUGGGUCCAGGAUUGCGCGCUGGACACCGUCGUCGUCAGAGCGGCGCCUCGCCUCUAUCGCCUCUCCAUGCUCCGCACCGCCUCGCGUAGCCUCACCGUGGACGACGCCCCGAAGCUCAGCGAGCUGCUCCCCGGCUCCACGGCAGCGCUCAGCAUCAGCGGCGCGCCCAAACUGACAAGCCUCCUGCGCUUCAUCCUCCCCGCCACCCUCGACAUCGAUGGCGUCCAGAUCGCGGUUGGUAGGGAGGAGAUGCAGCCGCAGAUGCGGUCUGUCAGCAAUCUAUGGCUAGCCCUGGACUACACGGCGCUCCGCGGUAUGGGGUUUGACAUGGUGGUGCGCAUGGUGCAGCAGAUGCUGAGGCGUUUCCCUUGCCUGCAAUUUCUGACUAUCGAGCGCACGGACGCCGUGCCACGGGAAGAAGGGAUGGCCACCCGGUACGACCAACACGCCUACUACCUGACCCUCGACGGGGGCCUCGACCAGUGCUUGCACUACCUGACGCUCUUCGACUUCCGGGGCGGCAAGGCCGAGCUCGAGCUCCUCAUGGCGAUCAUGGACAGCACCCGUGCACUGUGGACCGUCAACCUAGCCUACAGCUCCCGUCGCAUGGGGCCGCAGCUCUGGCACGCCACCCAGGAGGCGCUCGCUGGGCUGAAGCUGUUCACGAUCGUGAGCAACAACCAUACCCUCCGGAACCCGCUGCUCGUCGUCACAUCCAUGUACACCAGACAAACCGCAGGAUACGGAUGGUGCAGAUCACAUCUCUUCUGAUUCCGUCUCCGGAGCUAAGGUUUGCAUGGUUCAUUCAUUCAUUGGCUUCUAUCCUGACUUCCUCGGAACCCUCUGAAUCACGCUGCUGUGAUUUGGGAGUACACUACAGUAAUUGGUACAGUACUAUGUAGUAUGCUGGAGAACAGUUGUCCGGUUAAUGUGGAGGUCUACUAUCUGAUCUGUGAUUGCUUGUUGAUCUUCUAGAUGCCUUAAGUUAAGGCAUUGCCUUUUUGUUGCAUCUUUGAAACUGGCAUGUUCUGCUUGCAUGCUUAUUGCUUCUUAAUCUGCCUCUGGCCGACUUUUCCAUCUCUUCUCCCUAGAAUUUUAGGAACAACAAAUUAGACAUGUCUGGUCGGACUCCUAGAUGGCGUUGAAGAUUCGUAGGGUAUGUUCUAAAGAUCCCGAGAUGAACUGUUGGUCUGAUUCCAUGUUGGCGUAACAGUCUUGAUUGAGGUGAAUGUCAUAAUUAAGCUAUGAUUGUGCAUACAGUGAUAUGCUCGGCAUGUAGCAUACUGAAGAAGGGCUAUCUGUUUAAUAGGAGGUGUAGUAUCUUAUUUGGGGUUUCUUGUUGAUCAGUUAAUUAUCUUCACUUGUCAGCAUGUCAUUGUGAUUUUACUGUCGUCUGUUUAUUGCUUCUCUGAAACUGGUUUUGGUUAAGCAGCAGCACCUGAAAGUUGAUUUUAUUCUCCGGAGGAAAGGUUUGAUUGAUUGAUACAUUGAUUGGGUUCUAUCCUUCCGCAGUUGAGUUCCUUGUUUUCUCUGAGAAACACCCUCAUGUGAUUUGGGAACACAGUGAGUGAUGAGCUUGGUACCAUGUAGUACUGGUUCUGAAAAACAGUGAUCCGUUUAACCAGGAGGUUUAGUAUGUGACCUGUGCUUACUUGUUCAUAUUUUAUCUGCCUUCACUGGUUAAGGCACUCUUUCUUUGCUGCAUCGUUGAAUCUGGUUGCUUGGUUGCGGUUAAGAUGCUGCGAUAGUCGAUAAGCAGCAGCUUGAAGUAAUGAUGCGACCAUACCAACAAAUGGUCAGUAGAGUUUGUUCUAAGUUUUCUUUGCAUGCUAAUUGCUUCUUAAUCUGCCUGGUAUACGGUACCCUUAAAGCAGAAAUUCGACUCUCGCCGGUUUGUCCAGCUGCCCUCGAUAUAAUUCUUUGAAACUUUUGAACAUGUAUUUUGACUGUAGAUUACUGGGGUCGUACUAACGUCUUCUGUUCAAAGAUCCUGAGAUGAACUGUUGGUCUGUUUACAUGUAGGAAUACUGGUCUUGACUCUUGACUAGGCGAAUACAAUGAUGUGAUUGGUAUGUAGCAUACUGAAGAAUAGUGAUUCUUUUAAUUUGGAGCUUUAGUGUCUCAUUUUCCGCUUGCUUGUUGAUCAGUUAACUUUCUUCACUGGUUAUGUAGUUGUGAUUUUACACUUGUCUCUUCAUUGCAUUUCUGAAACCGGUUGCGGUUAAGCAGUUGUCGAUAAACAACACCUGAAAGUGACGAUGAUGGCAUGAGACUAUAUCAAGAAUGAAUAGUAGAGUCUGUUUUAUGUUUCGCUACCAUGCUUAUUGUUUCUUAAUAUGUAUCCUCAAAGCUGAGAUUGCACUCUGGCCAGUUCAUCCAUCUGUACUUGGUAGAAUGUAUUCAACAUGUAUUUUAGCUGAAUACAUUGUGGUUGAUUGAUC